AUGUCGCUCAUCCUGAUGAGAGAGACAUCCGGAACCAUCAUUCUGGAGCGCAGAGCAAAGCGUCUUCGUGCUGAGACUGGAAACGACAAACUAGUUUCUAAACUCCACAGCGGUCUGACGCCUUCAGAGCUCUUCCGAUUCUCCAUCGUCCGUCCCGUCAAGAUGUUCUUCCGCUCGCAAAUAUGCUUCUUCAUCAGUUUGUAUAUCGCCAUCACUUACUCAUACUUGUACAUCCUGUUCACGACCUUCACUGCUGUUUUCACGAACACAUAUGGCUGGAAAGGUGGCGUCGUAGGAUUAUCAUUCACUGGUGAUCGAUUCGAAGAGAAGAGACUAACAAUUUAUAGUCUCGGCAUUGGCUCGCUCAUAGGACAGCUCGUUUGUACUUACUACGGCAACAAAACUGCCGCAAAGCACAUCGCGUUGGGCGACUUCAAGCCAGAACAUCGCCUCUACAACAUGGCAAUCGGUGGGUUCUUCAUGCCAUCUCUUGAUGACCUUCAUGCCAGCAACGACAUACUUGGUGGAUGUUUUCACGAUACACGCAGCGAGUGCGAUGGCUGCAAGCACGGUCUCAAGGUCAUUGUGUGCUGCUCUGAUCCCGCUCAGUAG